AUCCCCAUCAAUGUCGUUUCGUCCUAAUUUCCAGUUUGCUUCUUUUUGAGCGAUAGUUUAUCAUUCUAGUCAUACGGCUCACUUGACAGCAACAGUAACAGGUAUGCACUGCUAAAGCGGCUACCGAGCUUCGACACCUCCCUAUCUCCCAGUCCAUUGAUUUCCUACGCACAUCACGACUCUUACCAUGGUCGUGGACAAUCGGCCAUAUGAACUGGUCCUCUAUGGCGCAAGUGGGUACACUGGCAAACUCUGCGCUGAACACAUCACGAUGCACCUUCCCACCAACCUAAACUGGGCUGUCGCUGGCCGCAGCGCCGACAAACUCCAGGGAGUGGUCAAGAAGCUGGAAGAGCUCAACCGUGACCGAAACCCACCAUCGAUCGAGGUCACGGCUCAUCAGAAAGAUGAUCUCCAUGCACUUGUGCGCAAAACACGUCUCGUGGUCACAACAGUCGGACCUUACUCAAAAAUGGGAGAACCAAUGGUCGAAGCUUGUGCCAGUAACGGAACUCAUUAUCUGGAUUGCACUGGGGAGUCGCCGUGGUUUCGGCAGAUGAUUCAGCGAUACCACCGUUUAGCACAGAGUACUGGAGCAAUCAUCAUUCCGCAGUGCGGCAUUGAGUCUGUUCCCGCAGACCUGCUCACUUACAUUGUCUGCAAUCAGAUCCGUAGCAGGUUUUCAUCGUCAACCCGCAAUGUAACUCACGUCUUAUACAACGCCAAAGCAAGCGCUUCUGGCGGCACUCUGAGCUCAAUUCUUGCGGUCUUCGAAACCUUUUCUAUCAGCUACUUGAUCAAGAGCAUGCACCCAUUCGCCCUGUGUCCAACUUCACCGUCGUCAUCGAAUCGGAAUGCGCCUCUCCAUGCCCAGCAAUCGUUGUACGAAAAACUCCUAGGUGUAGCCAAUAUCCCUGGUAUGGGAAUUAUGACAGACUCGCCAGGUGCAAGCGUGGAUACCGCCGUAGUGAAUCGCUCAUGGGGCUUGCUGUCGUCCCUCUCUCCUCCAUCCACCUCUUAUGGUCCGAAUUUCUUUUUCAAGGAAUGGAUGAGGAGUACUGGACUCAUCAACGCAGCAAUAUUUCACUACGCCUUUAUGGCAGCUCCGCUCUUUCUCAUAAUGCCGCCGAUCCGCUGGCUGCUGCGAAAGUUUGUCUUUCUGUCACCUGGCGAUGGCCCAGAUCUCGAUCAAGCAGGGCGACGAGAGUUCAUAGAAUACAGGACUAUUGGAGAGGCGGACCCAGACGCCUCGAAGAAGACUUCGGCAAGGUUAUAUUACGAAGGCAGCAUGUAUGCGUUCACUGGUAUCUUGCUUGCUGAAGCAGCUAUGGUAUUGGCACGACCCGAAGAGAAGAGUGGCCAACCAUGUGAGGCGAGAAGGCUUGGUGGAGGUUUGCUGACGACCGCUUGCUUAGGCGAAGAGUUCGUUGACAGACUGAAGGCUGCUCAUGGCGUCGUACUCGAGGUGCAGUGAAGUACAUGCUGGAAAGAUCGAACGAAUGCGUUAAAAU